CUAAGCAACUUGUGUUUCUAGAGUGAUGAGAUGGAGGAGCUUGGGAGGAUACAGAUACAGGAGUUGGAGGAGAGGAUAGCUAUGAUGGAACGGUGUGAUCCCAGUAAAAACCUGGCAAAGCAGCAGGACAUGAUGGUGAAAGAAUUGAAGAACAAGCACCAACAGGAUGUUGUCAUGCUGCAGAAGCAGAUUGAAAAUCUCAACAAAAAACUGCUUCAAAAGGAGGAAGACUGCAGUGGGCUGGAAAAGAGGAUGGCCGAGUUGCAGAGGGAACAUGAGAUGCUGCUGGUUGAUAAGGGAAACACUAUCAACCAACUGUCUCGGCAACUGGACGAAAGCCAGGCCCAGUGUCGCCAACUGAUGGCUGCCAAUGUUAGUGUAGAAAAUGUUCGGCUGCAGAACCAGCUGGACGAGGUUGCACGGGAAAAAGAUCGACUCAAUGAGACUGUAAGGACUCUACAGAUUGAGUGCAACAUGAUGCGUUCAGAACUCGCCCAGUACGAGACCGUGUCAAGACUGAACCUGCCUCAGAGCAACAGUUCCAGUGAGGAGUCGGACUCUAUUGUGCAACUGGGCAUGAGCACCCGCACGUCGCAGUCGCAGCAGCUCGGCCGCACCAACCUCAACCAGACUGACACUAUCUGCAAGCUGAAGGCUGAACUCAAUAGAUCAUUUCUUAACCAGAAAGCGAAACGAGCAGAAAUUCAGAGGUUAACCCAGAUUGUCAAUGAAAAGGAAGACCAAGUACAGGAGUUGGUCAAACAGGAACGUGUCUACGUAGCUCAAUUUGAGACACUUAAUGACCAACUCAAUAAGAUGAAGGCUGAGUUUAAAUGCCUCAAGAGUGAACAGCAAAAGAUAGACUCUUGUGACAGAUCAGAAGAAAUUUCCAACUUGAACACUGUCAUAGCUGAACUUCGCAAGGAGAAAGUGGUUAUGGAGAGAGAGAAACUUGCAGUGCAGCAGGAGUUAGAAGACUUGAAGAAAGAUUUUGAGGCAGACAAGAAGAGAGAAAUUUCGGACUACAACAAAGAGUAUUUGAAGUUUCAUGAUCAGACAGUGGCUACAGUCAAGAACGAAAUUGAAGAAAAAGCUGAAUUACGUGUCAAGGAAUACAGUAUUCGGCUGGAACAGAGCUUGAAAGAAUUGAGUGAGGUGAAGGAGAUGUACUUGAGUGUAUGCACGGCCAAGGAGCAGCUCGCUCUUUCCCUGCAGGAAAGAACUGCGGAGCUCGGACAAGUGACUGAGAAAAAGGAACAGCUGACUAAAGAGUUAGAGGAGUUAACUGUGAUGCGGGACCAAUUAGCUCGCAGACUCAACGAGAGGGAGACUUCCAAGAUCAGGAACCAGACUGGGAACAAGAAUGAAAAUGAAGAACAGAUUGCAGAAAUCCUUCAACUUAAAACAGAACUGGACAAAGCUGAGCUGCAGAUAAAUUCAUCAAGAAGGAAUGAAAACCAACUGUCAGCAGAGUGUAAGCGGUUGCGUGAAGAACUCUCAGUCAUGUCAGCACGGCUUACAGUUGAGAUUAACUCAGCACGUAAGCUGGAACAGGUGACUGCAGACAAGGAUCGGCUCGCUGCAGAGCUACAAGAGAUGCGAGAUCAUCUAGCUCACAAGCUCACUGAGCAGAAGACAGCAGAAACUGCUGCCAGCCAUGUUGUGGCUAAGGAAGAAAAUGACAAACUGAAUGCAGAAAUUCUCAGGCUCAGAACAGAAUUGCAGAAAGCCGAACUGCUUAUCAAUACAUCACAAAGGAGAGAAAGCCAACUGUCAGCAGAGUGUGAGAGGCUACGGGAGGAUUUGUCAGCCAUGUCGGCCCGGCACACGCUCGAGAUCAGCUCUGCUCGUGAGGAGCUCAGAGACUCACGAGAACGGCUGAUUCAGCUGGAGAAGAAUGCUCGAACUCAGUUCGAGACAGAGAUGAAAAGUUUGCGCCAAGACAGGGACAUGCUGAAGACCAAGUGUGAUGAAAAGGAGGCUCAGAUAAUGAAGCUAAUAGAGAGUCGUAAGCGGGCCCCGGCCACGGUGACCGUUGCCACGGAAACAGAGGAUGAGGAGGAGGAGAAACAGCAGAGAGAACUGAUUCGUUGUCAGGAGGAGUACAACAGAGUCCUGGUGGACAUGGAGCAAGGACAUCGACAGGCCCUCAGGAAACUCAGGGAGGAAUACAAUAAUGAGAGGAUGGCACUGGUACAGGAGCACAAGCAGCAGCUCCAGGCAGUGGAGGAGCACACCAAGCAACUGACGGUCAAGUUCUUUGCAGAGGAAGUGAAAAAAUUGGAGGCAAAGUAUGUGGACGAGGUUUCUAAUGUUGUUGAGAACCUGCAAAAAUCGCUACUGGAGAAAAAUUGUCUGGUGGAGAAUCUUCAGAAGAGAUUGGUCAGCCUGGAAGAUGAGUGGAGGGAGAAGUUGGUAGCACUGAACAGAGAGAUGGAGGCUGAGAAGGAAAUAGCUGCGCAGAUGAUGGUGCAAUGGGCUGAAGAA